GAGCGGAAGCACUUCUUCGUCAAAAUGACGGGCCUCCUUAUCAACAUUUUGGUCUGGUCUCUGGGCAUAGCCCUAGCCAGCAGCAGAUCCUGGCGCGUGUGGGAAUUUGACAGCAACAUUGCUCCCGUUGUGUUCAUUGGACUUUGGGAUGCUUUCUAUUUUCAUAACAUGAACAUCUCCAGCUCACUGGCUCAGCUGCGCAUGCAGAGCAGUCUCAACGGGAGCUGGGUCCUUUCGGAUGAAAUUCGGUAUGGGCGGGACCUGAUACUGCUGGCGAAUUGCAUGGUGUUCGUCACCUUCAUUUUUGUCUCCAAGGCACUUUGGGUCCACUGGAUCACUGACGCACACCCAGAAUUCCUCCGAUUUUAUUACAAAAUUGCCGCCUCCUUUCUUUUCUUGAGCAGCAUUAGUGACAUCACUGCAGUGACAAUGAAUUUCUAUGUGGAUUUUUAUGGCCAAACCACCCUUGACUUUCCACCUAGUUUUCCUGUUAAAAAAGAAAUGCUAGUAAGGAAACGCUUCACCUAUGUGUUCCCACUAGGAAUUACAACGGCCGUCCUCUCGCUAAUAAGUGCCACCUUAUUCUUCUAUGACACAUGUUCAAUAAAAUGGUCAAAUCGAGUGAACGCCAUGCCUACGGCCGAACUUCCCCAUGCUUCCGUUUAGAGGAAGACUGAAUGGGUUGCUCUUCGCAGUUGCUGGCAUUCGUUUUCGUGAAGGAACUCCUUAUGUACACAUCACAUUGUAUCAUCUGCCCAAUCUCCAGACUCAGGGCUGCUCCCACGCGCAGCCCCCGCCCACAGGCAGGUGAGCGGCAGGCCCUGGUCACGUGGCCCUGUGGAAAUUGGGGCGCUGGGCACCCACUCAGCCUACUGCUUUGGCCGCUGCUUUUACUGUAACCAACAGCCUGUGUCUCUCACCGGGGCUCCGGUGCCUUCGGCCAGGAGAUGGACAGGGAACUGACUUGUUACCUUGCAGGAGGGUGACGUCUCAGUGCCUCCGCGGUUCCUGCUUGACAGGAGUGAGUAGAGCCUGGGAAGUGUAACUACCACCAAGAGCCAAGCUUCUGUGGAGGGACCCAGGCCACUGGCCGCACACGAGCGCCACCUGCCCUCGGGUCGGCACAGACAGGUGGGCCUCGCAGGCCCAGGGCGCCAGCGGGGACGGGCGGAGAACGGACAGGGGCACAGGGCAAUGAAAACCUAUGUCCACACAGAAACUUGUACACAAUUAUCUGUAGUAGCUUUAGUCAUGAUAGCUCAAAACUGGAAAUAACCAAAACUGUUGUACGAAUAGUCUAUGAAAUGUCAGAUGAAUAGUGAAACUGCGCUUUGUUUAUACCAUAGAAUAUAACCUAGCAGUAAAAACAAUAACAAAGUAAAUAAAUAAAAGGCAUCCAAAUGGGAAAGGAAGAAGUGAAAAUAUCUCUAUUUGCUGAUGAUGAUCUUCUAUGUAGAAAACCCUAAAGGUUACACACGCGUGCACACACACACACACACACACACACACACACACACACAUCUGUUAGGACUAGUAAAUGAAUUCAACAAAGUAGCAGGAUUCAAAGUCAACACACGACAAUCAGUUGCGUUUCUAUACAGUAACGAUGAACGAUUUGAAAAGGAAAUGACAAGAACAAUGCAACUUACAAUAGCAUCAAAGAGAAUAGAAUACUUGGGAAUUAACCAGCGAGGUGAAGCAGCUGCGCAGGAAGAGCUAGAGGACACUGCUGAAAGAAAGGAGGAUAUCAACAAGUGGCCACACAGCCAGGGGCAUGAGCUGGGGGGCUUCAGGUGGCCGAAGUGCACCGCGCCCUCCCUCGGAGGGCCCUCAAAGGACAACCGUCCUUGCUACUUCUUGGGAGGAUGAGACCGUCCCCAGCCCCUAACGGUGGGGGUCAAUACUGGAGUGCUCCUCACCCAGGAACGUGCUGUUUCUCCCUAGCUGGUCGGUGUCUGUAAUGUUGCAUCAGAUUUUACACAGCACGUCUAUGGGUUUGUGGCACUACGAGGAGCAUGGGGUGCAUUACCUCAACCUGUCCAAUUGCCAGACCUGAAAGAUGGAGCCUGUUUCCAAUUUUUCAAUAUUAUAAAUAGGGUAUGAUGAAUAUCCUUGCCUAGUAAUCUUUAUGCACAUCUCUGGUUAUUUUCUUUGGACAAAUGCCUAGAAAUGGUCAAAGAGUCUGAUGAGCAUUUUUAAGGUGCCUGCUGUAUAACGCCCCACCACCAGCCCCAAAGAAUGGCUCGCUUUAUUACAUUCCCUCAGAAUUCCUGUU